ACAUAUUUAAAAUGAGAGAGUUUUUAUUCUCCGGAAGUGUUUCUUUCUUAGAUAUUUCCGACAGAUAAAUUCGUUCGUUAAUGGGGAAGAUCUAAAUCAUCACUUCAUUUUCAUCCACUCAAAACUAUAAACUCAAAUUUCGUCCUAGAUUUCCACUAGAUCCAUAUAGAUCUGGUUGGAUCUAAGUGAAGAUCUAGUAGUUUAGUUUUCAAGGAUGAAUUAUUUUCCAGAUGAAGUACUAGAACAAGUAUUUGAUUUCUUGGAACAAAACAAAGACAAGAAUGCAGUUUCACUAGUAUGUAAAUCAUGGUACAAGGUUGAGAGAUACAGUAGAACAAGAGUAUUUAUUGGGAACUGUUAUUCGAUAUCUCCAGAGCGAUUAGUUACUAGGUUUCCAAGGGUUAAGGCACUCACUUUGAAAGGGAAACCACAUUUUGCUGAUUUUAAUUUGGUUCCUCAUGAUUGGGGUGGUUUUGUUCAUCCAUGGAUUGAGGCUAUGGUGAAAAGUUAUCCAGGACUUGAAGAGUUGAGGUUGAAGAGAAUGGUAGUCUCUGAUGAGAGUCUUGAGUUGAUUUCUCUUUCUUUUAAGAAUUUUAAGUCUCUUGUUUUGGUUAGUUGCGAAGGGUUUACUACUGAUGGCCUAGCUGCUAUUGCCAAGAAUUGCAGGGUUCUUAGAGAGCUAGAUCUGCAAGAAAAUGAAGUUGAAGAUCGCCGUGGCCAGUGGCUAAGCUGUUUCCCUGAUUCUUGCACCUCACUUGUCUCCUUGAACUUUGCAUGUCUCAAAGGAGAAGUCAAUUCGGGUGCUCUGGAGAGGCUUGUCGCAAGAUGCUCGAACCUUAGAAGCCUGAGGUUAAACCAGUCAGUGGAUCUUGGGACGCUCAACAAGAUACUUGUGAAAGCUCCUCAGCUGGUUGACUUGGGCACAGGCUCAUUUGCAAGAAAUGAGACCUUUGCUGCCUACAAUAAAUUACUUAGAAAUGUUGUCAACUGUAAAUCCAUCAAUAGCUUGUCGGGUUUUUUGGAGGUUAUUCCUGGCUGCUUAGCACCUUUCUUCCCCAUUUGUUCAAACUUGACAUCCUUAAACUUGAGUUAUGCACCGGGAAUUCAGGGUAUUGAUCUCAUCUCACUAGUUGAGCGGUGCACGAAACUCCAACGCCUAUUGAUUUUGGAUUCUAUUGGAGACAAAGGACUAGAUGUUGUAGCUUCAAGUUGUAAAGAGUUGGAGGAAUUGAGGGUAUUUCCAUCUCUCUAUGGUGGUGCUGUUAACGGAUCAGUAACAGAAGAAGGGUUGGUGGCUAUAUCUACAGGUUGUCCCAAGCUCCAUUCGUUGCUAUAUUUCUGCCAUCAGAUGACAAACGCUGCUCUAAUUACUGUUGCCAAAAACAACCCAAAUUUCACCCACUUCAGAUUAUGUAUCCUUGACCCAAAUAAACCGGAUCAUGUGACUUCUCAGCCGUUGGAUGAAGGAUUUGGGGCAAUUGUUCAAGCAUGUAAGAACCUCAAAAGGUUGUCACUCUCAGGACUUCUUACUGAUCAGGUUUUCCUAUACAUUGGAAUGUACGGAGAGAAUCUUGAGAUGCUCUCUGUUGCAUUUGCCGGGGAAAGCGACAAGGGGAUGGCGUAUGUGCUAAAUGGGUGCAGGAAACUCUCCAAGCUGGAAAUUAGGGAUUCUCCCUUUGGGGAUUCAGCACUUCUGGCUGACGUGGGAAAGUAUGAAACUAUGCGAUCCCUAUGGAUGUCCUCCUGCAAUAUCACUCUCCAAGGUUGCAAGAUGCUAGCAGGCAAGAUGAAGAUGCUUAAUGUUGAAAUCAUAAACGAGAAGGAAAGGAUGGAAGAAAUCGCAGAUGAUAAAAAAGUUGAGAAGAUGUACUUGUACCGAACUCUAGAUGGACCGAGAAAAGACGCCCCUGAUUUUGUCUCAACCUUAUAGAUGCAUGUAUCUGGUAUCUUAAGAGUCAUAUUAGGACGGCGGUUGUAAUGUCUCUCUUUUAGAAACUUUUCUAUUUUAGUAGCAAAACUCUUUCUAGUGAAUUUUAUGGGUAAAUCAAAGGGUAAUUCUUGUCUUAUUUUGAUGAAAUUCGCAAUUGGCUGCUUCUGUAGCUAAUAGAAUGGUAUUGAUGGUGCUCUCUAACAGCUUAGAUGA